AUGCCUUCGAAGACUGUGUUGAUUACCGGCUGUAGCCAAGGUGGCAUAGGGGAUGCUCUCUGCAAGGAGUUUUCUCACCAGGGUCUUCGGGUGUUUGCCACCGCGCGAAAUCCGGCGAAAAUAGAGCACUUUCAAGCAUUAGGUAUCGAGACCGUCCUGCUAGAUGUCGCUGAUACGGUUUCUCUCGAGAAGGCCGUCCAGACGGUCAGCACUGCUACCGGGGGCACUUUGGACUUUCUUGUCAACAACUCAGGGUCAGGGUAUUCGAUGCCGCUUUUGGACGCAAACAUCGACGUGGCCCGGGACAUGUUCAAUGUCAAUGUAUUUGCCAUGGUGUCUGUCGUCCAGGCCUUCGCCCCCCUGCUCAUGGCGUCCAAGGGAACCGUGAUAAACAUUGGGUCGAUAGCUGGGAAGGGUCCAUUCCCCUUCCAGGGAUUCUACAAUGCAUCCAAAACCGCCGUCAAUCUGCUUACAGACAAUCUUCGCAUCGAGCUCGAGCCUCUGGGAGUCAAGGUCAUUCUCGUUGUAACCGGCACGGUGCGAACUCGAUUUCACGAGAAUCUCUCCGCAUCGAGGAUUCCCGAGAAAUCGCAGAGCAAUCGGCUAUCAGUGUAG